UGUAUCAUGCCUUUGCACGGAAGAAGAUUCGUUAAACCACAGAGUAAAACCGUCAGAGGCAAAAAAUCUGCAACAAUGCUCCCAGAAACUGCAGGUUCUUUCAACUUCAACUUCAACCUGUUUGGAAUAUGCAGCAAUGAUCAAAACUGUGGUGUGUCUAAUUUGAGGAAUAAAAAAUUCCAAGCCCUUGAGAAAGGUGACCUCACUGACUGCGUUUUUGCAGUGGGACCUGAAGGAGAGCUAAUUCACGCCAGCAAAUUCGACAUGAGUGUUGCGAGCGAAGUGUUUGAGGCCAUGUUCAAAAGUCCACUCACGUUACCCGGUGCGACAAUCAAACUAGUUGAAUCAGAGCCCCGCAUUUUCAAAUUGAUGACUGAGUUCAUUCAUACUGGUUCGUUCAAAUACGGUUUGAGGAACUGCGAGGACAGCGUGAAACUGGUCCUGCUGGCUGAUGAGUAUCUUGUCUAUCCUCUGAUUGACUUUGUCAUCGACAUAAUUGAGAAGCAUUUUUUGAGCGUGCAGACAGUGUGGUUCAUUCUCGACAACACUGCUCACAUUAAAAAGCUACUCCACAUUUGCAGCAAGCUGAUAGGUGUGCAAACCGAAGAGUGCCUGGACCAGUUAUCUUUCCUGACCAUCUCCAAAGAGACGCUGAAGUUAUUCUUGACCUUUAACGAGUUGAAUGUCAACACGGAAAUGGUCAUCUUGAGAGCCUGCAUGAAAAUUGCCCAGGAAAACACGGGCAGCGAGAAAGAAUACAUGGAAGCAGCCUUGCUUCACCUUCGCCUCCUCACACUCAAUAAGGCAGAGGAAAUUUGGGAAGCAUCAGAUUAUCUGAACGAGGAACAGAAAAACUUCCUAGCUCGCAGACUCUUCUUCAAGGACAUUGGCGUUGAAAUGCCAAACGGCUUGUGCGACAUUGACAUACCAAGAAGCAGAACUUUGAUGCCACCUAAAGGAUCUCUCAUAGUUCUCACUGAUGACGCCAUAAUCGCAUGUCCUGAGAGCAAGUGGGUUAACGUUCAAAAUGAGAGCUUUAUCUUCUCGUUUGAAUGCUGUCUUUCUGUUAAAAUAUCGAGGAUCGUGAUAUUAUACAGCCCAACUGAAGGACGUUCGUCAACGUUGGAGGCAUCUGUGAAGAAGAAGAAGGCUCAAGGGACCGCAACGCAAAAUCCCGAGAUGAAGAAUUAUGCUUGCAUCGUCAAAUCUUCCGAGAUACCCAAGCUGCACGAUAUCAACUUCAACGAAUGUGUACUACUGGAUGAAGGAGAUACUUUGGAAAUUAUGCUCACAAGCAACUCAUCAUAUUUGAAAAUUCCCUCAAUCCUGGCAAAAACUACAUUGGACCACAUUCACAGCUACAACCACCCAACGAUGGAAAGAUUGUUCAAAAACUUUAAAUUUGAAAGGAAGCGUUAUGGUUCAAAUUCUGAGCCUAUCUUUUGUCUGAUAAAAAGCAUUGAUUAUAGCCUCAAUUGAAUAUAAAUAAAACCUCUUUUCCAUUAUCAA